UUAACCCGGUGGGCGUGGCCGCGUGACGUCACGGCGCGGUUCCCGGCGGGGCGGGGGGGCCGGGGGGGGCAGGUCCUGCCCGGCCGAGCCAUGGCGGAGAUCCGGGUGUUCCCCCUGUCCUGCGUGGUGCAGAACUAUUCCUGGGGGAAGGUGGGCUUGGAGAGCGAGGUGGCCAAGCUGGUAGCCAGCGGUGACCCCCUGGUCCAGAUCCAGCCUGACCAGCCUUAUGCUGAGCUGUGGAUGGGCGCGCACCCGCGGGGCGAUGCCCUCAUCCGGGAUAACCGCAUCCCCCAAAAGACCCUGGGCCAGUGGAUUGCCGCCAACCCCGCCUGCCUGGGCGCCAAGGUGAAGGACGCCUUCCAGGGACAGCUGCCCUUCCUGUUCAAGGUGCUGUCGGUCAACACCGCCCUGUCUGUGCAGGCACACCCCAACAAGGAGCUGGCAGCGAAGCUGCACGCCCAGUUCCCCGAGCACUACCCCGAUGCCAACCACAAGCCCGAGAUGGCCAUUGCCCUCACCCGCUUCGAGGGCAUGUGUGGCUUCCGGCCUGUGGAGGAGAUCGUCUCCUUCCUCCAGAACGUCCCCGAGCUGCGGGCUCUGAUCGGGGAGGUGGCAGCGGAGCAGCUGGAGCGCAGCGGGAGCGACGACCCCCGUGGGGUCUCGGCCGCCCUCCGUGUGUGCUUCACCCGCCUCAUGAAGAGCGAGAAGAAGUUCUUCGUGGACCAGCUGAACAUGCUGGUGAGGAGGAUCUCCCAGGAAGCGGCGGAAGGGAAGGACACGUCGGGGAGCAACGGGGACCUGCUGCUGCGGCUGCACUCCCAGUACCCGGGGGACAUCGGCUGCUUCACCAUCUAUUUCCUGAACCUGGUGAGGCUGGAGCCGGGCGAGGCCAUGUUCCUGGGAGCCAACGAGCCCCACGCCUACCUGCACGGAGACUGCGUGGAGAUCAUGGCGUGCUCGGAUAACACGGUGCGUGCCGGGCUCACCCCCAAGUUCAUUGACGUGCUCACCCUGUGUGAGAUGCUCAACUACACGCCAGCGCCCAGCAGCUCCAAGAUCUUCCCGGCGGCGCAGAGCCAGCUUGAUCCCCACGUCUACCUCUAUGACCCACCCGUGCCAGACUUUACCAUCAUGAGGAUAGAGAUCCCUGCCUCCAUCAAGCUGUACCUCAUCUCUGCCAUGGACUCUGCCAGCAUCCUGCUGGUGAUCCAGGGGACAGCCGUGGGCACCUCCACGGCCGCGGCGUCCGAGAUGUCCCUGCGCCGUGGCUCCGUGCUCUUCAUCUCGGCCAACGAGAGCAUCUCCCUGCACCUCUCCUCGCCCGACGGGAUGCUGCUCUUCCGAGCCUGCUGCCUCCUCUGAGCAGCACCUGGGACGCUUCCUCCACGUCACUUUGAGUAGAUAGAAACUGGUGUGGGCUUGAAAGCUUUCCCUCCACCUGUUAAAUCCCAGAAGCAGCCUUGAUGUAUAGGAAGAGCAAUUCCAUGGAGCAGCUCCUUGGAUGUGGCGCAGAGAAGAGCAGGCUGAGGCUUUCUGCUGUUUCUGGGGGGCUCUUCCCAAGCCUGGCUGAUGGCAGCCAGUGCCACCCUUCCCUGGCUGUAAAAGGGGCUGCGUGGGGGUGAUGGAGCGGGAGAGCCUCCGCUGCUGUCAAUAAAGAGGUGACUUUGUCCCUGGCAAA